UACGUGGGAACCUGUGUGAUUGUCCAAACAAAAUCAACACCACGUGUGGAAAACCUAAAUUAAUCGGCGAAAUUGAGUUAAAAGUGUAAUUUUAGUGAAUGUCAUCGCUCGAUAUGUCUGCAUAAUUCACCAAACUGUUAAGUUAAAAUUCUGAGUGAUGUCGAACAUACGAACUAUCGUGACUGUGGCUGUUCCAGCAGUAACUGCUCUGUUGGGGCUUAUCUGGUACCUAGGAAGAAAAAAGCCCAUACAGAAGAGACCUCCUGACAAGAAACAGAUCAUUGCUAACAAAUCAGACAAGGACACAGCAGAAGCUGCUAUAAAUGGUAGCAUUUUCAUGCAGACAGAGAAAAUUAACAAAAAUGGGCAGUCAGAUGCUGAGACCACGGAACAGAGAAUACCUGCAGCCAAGACAGUGGCUUCUCCAUUGCCUAUGGCAGGCUCUGGUGAUGCAGGAGAGAAUGUUAUAGAAAGAGUUGUAGAGGCUAAAGUGGUACCAUGCAUGGCACCGGCUGUUGAUUGUGCACCAGUGUCAGCUGCCAAAAAAUUGUCAUCUGAAGUAGUGAAUUGUCAGAUAGAUGACUCAGAAAUCUCAGAAUUGGCAAAUGUGCCUGUGAACGAUGUUAUUGUUCCCAGUGCUGUGAGUACUCUUCAGUCUGCUGAACUGUCUAGUCCAAUAAGGGUGACAACUGAAACACCCCUGUCUCAUAAUAAUUCCAUGCCAUUAGAAACUGAAAAGGCAACUGGUGCUCAGGUUGACAAUUCUUCUGAUUAUGGUUCAGAGAACUUAAUUGCUUCCCACAGUUUAAACACUGAGUUGUUGAAAGAACAAACAUCUGAAAUUACCACUGUGUCACCUACCAGUGAUGAUAUAAAAACACAGGGUAAUGCUGUUGAGUCCAGUACCAGUAAUAUUGAAACUGAUCUAGAAGCAGAAAUGGACGCCUCACCGUCUAUGAGUCGUUCCUGGCAUGAAGAUAUUCCCGAUGAAAUCUGUGAAUCAUGUGAUCUCCAUAGUAACUCAAUUUCCACUGUUGCUAGUGACACUACAGCUUCAAAUAUUGCCCAGUGUACGUCUGAACAAACCUCUAAGAAUGAUGUUGUGAACAAUGUUAAUGAACAAACAGAAAGAGAAUCAACAAGUCCUGCCAAUUCCAAGUCGUCAAAGGAGAGUGAUGGAGAAAGCAAGAAAUUGGAGAAUGAUCGGCAUUCAGAUAGCUCCAACAACUGUGAUAAUCUGAGCGAGGUAUCCAAUGACAGUGGCACUGGUGGGAGUGUCCAUGGCAACAUAUCUCCCCCAGACACAGACCGCCUGUUUGAGUUCAACAUCCCAGUCAACAUGUGUGGACUGUUCAUUGGUAGGGGAGGCAGCACCAUCCGCAGUAUCAUUGAACAGUCAAAGACAAAAAUACAGCUCCAGCCUAACUUGUUCAAUCCCAAGGUGAAGAUCUGUGUGAUUGAAGGUUCAGGGAGUGGCAUAGAGAAGGCGUGUUCCAUCAUUCGGCGGAAAUUUCCCACGAUAAAAUUUCCAGGGCCAGAACUAUCCAGUACCCCUCCCACCAACCCUGUCAUCAUGCCAGAAAUCAUGCAGCUGAACCUGCCUGGGGGAGUGACUAUCGAUGUGAUAGUGUCAAGUAUCGUCGACGCCGGCCGUAUCUUUGUCCAGCAGCCAACUCACCCGACAUUCCCAUCCCUGGACCGCCUCAACACAUUUAUGAACUCAUGCUACAUGCAGGAGGGCAUGAUCCCUGACCUGCCCAGACCCAUCGAAACUGGUGUGAUCUGUGCUGCCCCGAUGUUGAAUGGAUGGUACCGGGCCCAGGUGAUGUCCACAUAUGAGACGCAGGACGAGUGUGACAUCAAAUAUGUGGACUAUGGUGGCUACAGUCGUGUCGCUUGCUCUCUGCUUAAACAGAUCCGUAGCGACUUUAUGACCCUUCCCUUUGAGGCUGUGGAGUGUUACUUGGCUAACAUCACUCAUCUUGAAAGUGAGGCUUUUUACAGCCCAGAGGCUGCUGUUGUGCUGGAGGAACUGACCCAGGGGAAAUUACUCCAGGCCCAGGUGGUUGGCCGGGCAGAGGAUGGUGUCCCCUAUGUACACAUAUAUCAAAUUAUCCCAGGACAGGCAUUGUUGGUAAAUCGUGAGAUGGUUGACCGAGGAGUGGUGCGCUGGUCAGAACACAACAUGUAGGUUAAAGACACUGCUUAUAUACCAAGGGAAUAGAGACGAGAAUUGCAAGGAUACCAACACCUCAUUACUGUCGUAAGAUGCAGGGGAACCAUGUUGGAAAUUAGCAGGAUAUCAACACCUAAUGACUGACGUCAGAUACAGGGGAACCGAGUUGGGAAUUCGCAGGAUAUCAACUCCUCAUAAAUAACAUUAAGGGGAACCAAGACGGGAAUUCCAAGGAUAUCAACACCUCAUAACUGACGUUAGAUACCUUGGGUACUAAGGCUAGAACUCCCUGACACAAAAGACCUCAUCACUGGCGAUGGUGGCAGGGAUCGUUGGGUUGUUGUGAACAAUGAAGAUCAAAUUGUGUAUAGUUGUUAGCUGCUUUUCUGUGACUGAUGUGCUGAAUGCUUUGAUUGUGUUUGUUUUAAAACUAAAAAAUGUUAUGGCUCAGAUAAUUUAAUAGUUUGUUUGUGUGAAAGUUCAGUUUUUAAAACUUGUGUAGUUAAAGCAAUGUUAAUGCUGUAGCUGUUUUAUUUAUAAAAUUGGGUUCUGAUCAACCUUUGUUUUGUAUACAUGUAUAUGCCAUGUUUUUAAAGAGGUACACCAUGUUUUUAAAGAGGUACACAUUUUUUUUUACAUUUUUUUGAAUAUUCAAGGAAUUACAAGUAUUAAUGAACAAUGAAGUGUAACUCUGAUUAAGAUAGAUAUUUCAGGAACUUACUUGGUCUGAUUAUGUUUUAAGAGUUUUUGUUUAUGGUAUUUUCAUGACUGCAUCUGACACAUGGUCAUGACUGCAUCAGACACGUGCUCAUGACUGCAUCUGACACGUGCUCAUGACUGCUUCUGACACGUGCUCAUGACUGCAUCUGACACGUGCUCAUGUGUGUAUCCUACACAUGCUCAUGAUUGCACCUGACUUGUGCUCAUGAUUGCAUGUGACACAUGCUCAUGACUACACCCGACACAUGCUCAUGACUACACCUGACACAUGCUCAUGACUACACCCGACACAUGCUCAUGACUACACCUGACACAUGCUCAUGACUACACCCGACACAUGCUCGUGAUUGAAUCAUUCAUGAGCUCAUGACUACAACUUGACAGAUGCUCAUGACUAUGUCUGACAUGUGCUUUUGCAAUUUGGGGAAAUUUAAAAAAUGCUGAACAACUGUUAAAAGAAAAUUAUGUGAGAAUUUAAGUUAUCGCUAGCUUAACAUUUACAUUGAGCAUUUUGAUUUUUUAUUAGUGUUUAUAAAAGGCAUAAUUAUUGUUUACAAUCAAGCUAAAACUGGUAAAAGUUUGCUCUUCAAAACAAUUAGCACAUCAUAUGUACCCACACAAGGUGGGCUUAUAGUUAACAUACAGUGGAAACAACAGUAUUAACUCCCUAUCAUAUAAUGCAGUGCUUUCCAUAUACCCGAUACUUCCAAUCACUGUACCAUUGUACAUUAAAGUCACUUAACUCACAACUUUCAUGUCCUUUUCUGGUGACAACAAACAUUUACAUUUUUCAUUUUAUGAUGAUUUUUUUACGGUUUUAAUCCUAACAGCUGAAUUUGACCUUGUUUUAAGGUGCCAGUCAACUUGGGGAUCUCGUGUAUCCACAUAAUGUGGACAAUAAUUGUUUUUGUUUGGGACUUUGUGUUUGUAUUUUUAUAAAGGUUCUUACAAAAUGUAAUUUGUACUUUUUCCAUAGGGGUUGUUAUUUUAAUGACAAUAAGUGAGAGUUUGUUAAGGAUACUUUUUUUAAAUUUGGUGAGUUUGAGGCAGCUGGAUUUUAUUGAGGAAACCAAGUUGUGAUACAGUAUUUUAGCUCCUCUUUUGUUGUUUUUUCUUUGGAAUUAUAAAUCUUUAACGUCGGCCAUUACUAAGAAAACUGUCAGAUUGAUGCCCAUUUUGCCUGGUACAAUACGCACAUGUACAGAGAGGCCCAUAACACUGGCUAUAGGAAUUCUUGAGUUCUGCUCCCUAUUUUUAAUACUGAAAAGGUUCAAAGGCAUCACACUUUAGUUAUUCCGUUUGUUUGAAAAUAUAUUUCUUAAAUUGUAUUCAUGAGUCUCACUUGAUUGUCUCAGUCAUAUGCUGCCAUACAUUAGUAUACAAAAGUCACACAACUUCUAACUGUUGUUUAUAGGGUUAUACACAUAAUAUAAUGUAGUUGUCUUAACGGUUGUUGAAAGGGUAAUACACACAUUAUUAUGUAGUUGUCCUGACCUUGUGUUGUGAUAAGUAUGUGCUAGAUUUCCUAUGGACAAGCCACAAGCUACAUUCAACCAGUUUUGGAAUAGUAUACCCUUUACUAAAACCAACUAGACAUAGUUCUUGACCAUUUUUGUUGUAUGCAUAAAAUGCUACCAUAUUGUGCCAGAAAAUGUUUGUUCACAGCAGGUACUAGUAUUGAGUAAAUUUUUACAUUGAAGCACAAUUUCAAUUGUUUAAAACUCAUCAUGUGUUGGUUCAUUGCAAUACAAAUACAUAACAAUUAACUAUGCCUGAUUCUGCCAGUAUGUUAUUUACUUAUUUCAUAGAAUUUGAGAUUAAAUUGACCUAGUUAUGAACACAAAAAGAAAUUUGUACACCGAAAACCAGUGUAAAUGCACAGGUACCAAUGAAUAAAUUAAUAUGCUUAAGGAAUUCGCAUCUGUUUUAAAACCUUAAGUAGAGACAAUGUAUAUUCAAACAAAAUUUAUUUUUUUGUGAUUAUUAUUUGUACUCCUAAUAGGGAAUAAGUUUUCAUGAAAUUCAUUUCCGUAGCAGUCUGCUAAGUAAACUAUAGUCGAUCAUUAUUAUUUAUUUGACCAUCUGUGUUCAGGAUAAAUUAUAUAAUACAUGUACUUGUUAUAGUGUUGGAAAAUUUAGUUAAACUCAAUAACAGAAUUUACAUUUUUGUUUUAAACUCUAUGAGAUGAUAUGAAGCUUGACUAUUCAAAGGAGGAGGCUAAUUUUAGUCCCCGUUGUGUGGGCUUUAAGACUACCGCCCGUAUAUCGCAGGUAUCUCGGGUGACCAUUUUAGGCAUUAAUUAAGGGCCUCACACUGGUAUCACUGAAGUCUGAACAAUUGGACACUAUUUUAGGAUCCUCAAUCCAUUUGGAAGGUUUUGCUUAAUCAAGAAUUUUCUAAUAAAUUUACAACCUGUUAUCAAGUUAUUCAACCUUGAAUUGAAUUACGAACAUACCAAGGCAGCCUUUUUAACUUGAACAAAUCCUGCCCAGUAUAUUGUCACCCUAACCAAUAGCGUUAUGUACAACACACUUAAGGCACACACCUAACAUAGCUACCAAACAAAUUAUGUAGGUUUUUGUACCUUAAUUGAAUAUUUUUGUGUUGUUUCCCAUAUUCGACAAAUGAGUUCAUUGACAGAAUGUCUAAAUAGUCGAGCAAACUAUCCAGCAAUAAGCUCUUGUUUCAAUUUUAGGACACCAAAUGGCAGUUAGCACAAACCUCUGUGUCCUUAUGUAUUGUUGUAUUUGAUACUGUUUAAUUUCUGUCUUCAUGAUUGUUUUGUCAUUUUAAGUAUUAAAGCCCUGCCUUGUUAGAGA